AUGAAAGAUUCUACUCGUCCCGUCGACAAUAUGUUGAAAUCUCAGAAUCCAUCUAUUCGAACAUUUGAACUAAAAGAAGAAUGCGGUAUAAACAAUUUACCGAAUCAAGUGAUGGCCAAAGCCAUUUCAGAUGGUUUUGUAUUUAAUAUAUUAUGUGUUGGCGAAACAGCAUGUGGAAAAUCAUCAUUGUUAGAUAGUUUAUUCAAUACUCGUUUGGAUUCAACUCCGUCUACACAUGAUAUUCCACGUGUAUUUUUAAGAAAGAACACAUAUGAUUUGUUUGAACGUGAAAUACGUUUAAAAUUAACAAUCGUAGAAACAGCCGGAUUCGGUGAUCAAAUAAAUAAAGAUGAUUCAUUUAAAGUUAUUGGCGAUUUCAUUGAUUCACAAUUUCAAUCGUAUUUAGAUGAAGAAUUAAAGAUAAAACGAAAUAUUUCAAAUUAUCAUGAUACACGUAUACAUGUUUGUCUAUAUUUCAUCAAUCCAACUGGUCAUUCGCUUAAAGCUUUGGAUUUAGUUACUAUGAAACAUUUGGAUAACAAAGUAAAUAUUAUACCAAUAAUAGCGAAAGCCGAUACAAUAUCAAAAACUGAAUUACAACGUUUUAAACAAAAUAUUCUCAAUGAACUAAAUACAGCUGGUGUCAAAAUUUAUCGUUUUCCAACAGAUGAUGAAACAUUAGCCGAAGAAAAUUUAAAAGCAAACAAUUUAUUACCGAUGGCUGUCGUCGGUAGUAAUGAGUCAGUUAAGGUUGGUAAUCAAUAUGUUCGUGCACGACAAUAUCCAUGGGGUGUUGUUCAAGUUGAAAAUGAAAAUCAUUGUGAUUUUAAAAAAUUACGUGAUUCAUUAAUAGAAAAAAAUAUGUUAGAUUUAAUUGAAACAACACAUUCAAAACAUUAUGAAAUGUUUCGUCGUUUACGUUUGACCGAUUUAGGUAUUGCUGAUAAUAUUGAUGGAAAAAAUAUGAGUAUAUCGGAUACAUUGGAUUUGAAACGAAAUGAAUUGAAAAAUGAAUUGGAACAACGUGAAGCACAACUGAAAGAAGCAUUCAUUCAAAAAGUGAAAGAUAAAGAGUUGGAUUUAAAAGAAACAGAAAAACAAAUUCAUGAUCAAUUGACAAAUAUUAAAAAGCAAUAUAAAGAUCAAAAAGAUAAAUUAGACGAAAAAUGGCGUGUGUUAGAUCAAGAAAUCGCAUAUUUUGAGCAACGUAAACGUGCUACGAAUAUGGAAACAAUGAAAAAAGGCACAAAAAAGAAGUAG